AUGGCUAAGGUCGGAAUUCCUAAGAACGUCGCCGCUGUUGCCGCCCCUGAGGUCGGUUCGGUUCGCCUGUUUGGCAAGUGGGACGCCCAAGAUGUUGAGGUGAAGGACAUCUCGCUCACGGACUACAUCUCGCUCCGCAACGCUGUCUACGCCCCACACACUGCUGGCCGCUACGCUGCCAAGCAGUUCCGCAAGGCUCACAUGCCGAUUGUUGAGCGCCUUGUGAACGCUCUCAUGUUCCACGGCCGCAACAACGGUAAGAAGCUCAUGGCUGUUCGCAUUGUCGCCCACGCCUUUGAGAUCAUCCACCUCCUGACUGAUGCCAACCCCAUCCAGAUCCUUGUGGAUGCCAUCAUCAACACUGGUCCCCGUGAGGACUCGACCCGUAUCGGUUCGCAGGGUACCGUUCGUCGCCAGGCUGUCGAUGUGUCGCCCCUGCGUCGCGUCAACCAGUCGAUCUCGCUGCUUACCACUGGUACCCGCGAGUCGGCCUUCCGCAACGUGAAGAGCAUUGCUGAGUGCCUUGCUGAUGAGCUCAUCAACGCCGCCAAGGGCUCGUCCAACUCUUACGCGAUCAAGAAGAAGGACGAGCUUGAGCGCGUUGCCAAGUCGAACCGUUAA